AUGAGAUGCGUCAACUGUCAGAAGUUGGGACACACAAAGAAUAGUUGCAAAAACAUUGAAAUUUGUAAAGAAUGUGGUUAUGUUCCUCCCCAUGAACAAUGCAUAAGAAAAUUCUGUGUCAACUGUAACUCUGAGUCUCAUACAUCUUAUGACUCUUUAUGUCCAUCUUUCAUCAAACAUAAAUCUGUGAAUAAAAUAAAGGCAAAUAGAAGAUGCACUGUAAGAGAGGCCUGGAAAGUUUUCAAUGAGAAUCCAUCUAUCCAUACAAUUAAACCAUUCACUAAAAACAGUUUGACAUUCUCUGACAUAGUACGUAACAAUAAUUCUAAUGCAAAAAGUGAUCAACCACCUACAAAAGAAAAUACAAAUAAAGCUCUCGACGAAAAGGAAUCAGAAUCAAUAAACUUCCUUAAUAACAAGAACAACACAACUGAAAAUAAGAAAAAUAAUAACGUUAACAACAAUACCAACUCAAGCGACAACAACAAAAUCGACAACAUCAACACAAACAACAACAGCAAAAUCAACAAAUCUAUAGAACAAGACACUAACAACAAGAUUAACAAAGCAGUAGAACAUUCUUUUUUAACUGAAAAUCAGGGUACAGAUAGCGAUCGAAUUCAAUUCGCUCGCGAGCGAGUUUAA